AUCAACCGUGAUGAUUUUCGAAAGAGCUAAUUCUACUGCGUAUUCAUUUAAAAAUUUCAAUUUCGACUCGACUUUUGAUUAUAGCAUUUAAAAAUGGCUCGUAAUGAAGAAAAAGCUCAGUCUAUGCUUUAUCGUUUUCGGGAAGCUCAAGCUGUCCAACUUGGUUUAGUAAAACCAAAAGAACGUCGACCUUAUUUGGCUUCAGACUGUAAUAAUUUAAAAGAUGCAGAGAAAUGGCGACAACAAAUUAUAAGAGAGAUUUCUAGAAAAGUGUCAAAAAUUCAGGACGCUGGCCUGUCAGACUAUCAGAUCAGAGAUCUGAAUGAUGAGAUUAACAAAUUAAUGAGAGAAAAGAGUCAUUGGGAUGAUCAAAUAAAAAGAUUAGGUGGCCCAGAUUAUAAAAGAGUGGGACCGAAAAUGUUGGAUCACGAAGGAAAGGAAGUGCCGGGAAAUAGAGGUUACAAAUAUUUUGGAAGAGCAAAAGACUUACCAGGAGUAAGAGAUUUAUUUGAGCAAGAAGCUCCUUCACCACAAAAACGUACGAGAUUUGAUUUAUAUAAAAACGUAGAUGCAGAUUAUUAUGGGUAUAGAGAUGAAGAGGAUGGAUCAUUGUUAGAAUAUGAACGUGAAAUCGAAAAUAAAGUAAUUGCUGAGGCGUUGGAGAUAACAGAUGAAACAUUGCCCAAAGAUAAAUCAAAAAAGAAAAAAGAGAGUACCUCACAAUUAGAGAACAAUUCAAUGGACAUUGAUUCAUCUUCGGAAAAAUAUGUAUCACAUGUUGCUGUACCUUCUCAAAAAGAAGUAGAAGAAUAUUUAGUGCGAAGAAGGAAACGUCAAAUGCUUGAUCGGUAUGUGUCGGAAUGAGUAGUACAAAAGUCACAAAUUUUAACGGGUUAACGAGAACUGCAUUUAUG